AUGAAGUCUCCUGAGCUGGGAGUUCUCCUGGGGCUCUUCGUCUUCUUCGUGCUGACGACCCCAUUGAUGGGUGGGGUUUCUAAACUUGCUGACAUGAUAUGUGGAGCAUUAAAAGAUCCCUGCAUUUUGGACAUCAAAUACGGCAGCUGCUUUGAAAUUCACUUUAGAUUUUUCUACAACAAAACCUCCAAACGUUGUGAAUAUUUUAUCUACUCUGGCUGUGAUGGCAACCUUAACAACUACAAGCUUAAAAUAGAAUGUCAAGUAGCCUGCGACAAAACAUACAAAACACAACAGGCCUUGGUUGACCUACACUUGAGGACAGCAAGUUUCGGAGCCCCAGAAAUUCCUGCCCACCGCAAGGAGCGAUUAAAAGAGGUCAUCGAGAGGAUGUGA